CAUUCAUUUCUUCUGCUGUUCCUCAGACCUCAGCUGUGCUCCGUCAUGCAGCGGGCAGCGGUCCUACUGACUCUCAUCAGCACCAGCGCAGCUCUCAGACCCGAGUGGAUGCCGGGAGAUUACUCUCAGACAGUUGUCGGGGCUCAGACGUUUGUAGAAGAUUACAACUCAACGGCAGAGGAAGUCUUCUACUUCAGCACAGAAGCCAACUGGAAGUACAACACUAACCUGACUGUGCACAAUUCCCAACAGCAGGUGAUCGCAUUUUUGGAAGAGCUGGAAUUCACCGAAGCAUGGUGUCAGAAAGCAAAAGACACAUUCCCUGAUUCUUUCAUUGAGACGUUAAAUCCUGAAGUGCAAAUAAUCCUCAGCAAUAUCAAAGUUCUGGGACCAGCCAACCUCCCAACCUCAGAGAGGGAGAGAUACAACACCAUUCUGAGCCAGAUGGAUAGCAUCUACUCGACAGCGAAGGUGUGCCGCAGCCCUGAGGAAUGCUGGUCUUUGGAGCCUGAGCUCAUAGACAUCAUGGCUAACUCCAGAAGCUAUAAGAGACUUCUGUAUGCCUGGGAGGGUUGGCAUAAUGAAGCUGGAGAUCAUCUCAGAUCUCUCUACCCUGAGUUUGUAGAGCUCAGCAACAAAGCAUUCAGGAUGGAUGGCUUUUCAGACACGGGAGCAUACUGGCGUUCUUUGUACGAAUCUCUGACAUUCGAGCAAGACCUCGAGAACCUGUUUAUACAGCUGGAACCUCUUUACCAGAACCUGCACGCCUUUGUCCGCCGCAAACUCUAUGAUUUCUACGGCCCUAAGUACAUCAACCUCAAGGGUCCAAUCCCAGCCCACCUCCUGGGGAACAUGUGGUCACAGAAUUGGAACAUCUAUAAUAUGAUGAUUCCUUUUCCUGACAAGACCAAUGUAGAUGUGACUGACACCAUGGUUGCUCAGGGCUAUAAUGCCACUCACAUGUUCCGGGUGGCUGAGGAGUUCUUCACCUCUCUGGGAUUGAUUCCUAUGCCGGACAAGUUCUGGGACAAGUCCAUGCUGGAGAAACCGAGCGAUGGGAGAGACGUGGUCUCUCAUGCAUCUGCCUGGGACUUCUACAACCGCAAGGACUUUAGGAACUGGGGACCCACGGGUGAAAGAUCUCUUAGUGGUGGUGGUGGUGGUGCUGCUUCACUGUUUGCCGUGUGA